AAAGAAAUGUCCAGAUUCUACAAAUAUUUUGACGUGUGCUGUUCUCACAUAGGCCGUUUGAGGGACUGCUUAGAUAGGCAACGUGCUAAAAGAGCAAUAAAAUGAAAGAAAAAUUGUGUCUUAUAGUGCUGGUCUGUGCCGCAUUUGGAAUCCACCGCGUGGUUUGCAUCGUGGGAGGUCAUAGAUCUGUUCCUAAUGCUGCGCCGUUUAUGGUUUCCGUACAAAACCCGACGCACAUCUGUGGCGGAGUCUUGGUGGGUGCGAAUUGGGUUCUAACGACGGCAUCAUGUGUUCAAGGGAAAACCAACCUCAAGGUCCUUGUCGGCUCGGAUCGCCUGCUGACCAACAUGGCACGUGUCGAUGUAUCUUCCAUGGUUGUUCACAGCCAGUAUAGCGCAACAUCAGGAGUCAACAAUAUUGCGUUAUUGAAACUGGCACAAUCGGUAACUUCAUCUCGUGUGAAAACUAUUGCACUGAAUGACGUUGCCGUGACAAGCGGACUUACGACUGAAUUCUACGGAUGGGGUUCACUAAAUUAUGGGUCAUCUGCGAGGUCUAAUGAACUUCAAACUCUCUAUCAGAAAACAUUGAGUGCAACAGAUUGCAAAGCCAAGUACCAAAGUGUGCUGGGCUUGCAAACUGGACAUUUCUGUGCACACAUCCAGAUGGGACAAGCUGCGUGCUCGAAGGAUCAAGGCGGACCACUGGUAGGAUAUAGCAGCAAGAAACUUAUAGGAAUCUAUGACCAUGGUGUUCAAUGCAGUGGAAAAUAUCCCGAUGUAUUUGUUAGUGUUAUGACAUACAAAUCUUGGAUCGAAACAACAAUGGCCACGAAAUAAAUUUAACAUGUGUAUAAUCUUUG